AUGGUGUUGCCGGGCGAGCUGCGUACAGCCGAGGAUGGAGAUUUGCAAUCAGACAACCCCUACCGAUCAGGUUUUCAGGGCAAAUUGGACAUUGCUUCUCUGCUGGAGGACCAUUUGCAGCUGCUGCCGGAGGGACUUGACCCUGAAGCAGACCCGGCGGUAUUGGAGCAACUGUUCGAAAACGCUCGGCCCCAGUCCGAGGCGGCCAUCGGCGCACACCUGCGUCCCUGCCGUGACCCCACCAAGGACCACCUGCUGUCGGCCCUGCACGCCAUGGAGGCCUUCCACCCCACAGCCUUUGCAGCGCUUCAGGACGGGCUGCUGCUGCUUAGCGGGGUGCUGCUGGUGGGCAGCCUGGCGCUCAACGCGGCGGCAGUGUGGCUCCGAGGCCACCACCGUCUUACUGCUUGGCUUGCCGUACCGCUGUACGAUUUGUCGUACCUGGGAGCACUACUUCCUCUUCAGCGGAGGACGCUGGCGCAGCGGCGGCGUCUGGCGCGCCGCUUCACACGAUUGCCGGAAUUGGAGUUGUGGCUGUGGCAGUACAGGGCCUGUCGGCAGUUGGUGGUUUCGGCGCUGCUUUCCGUGCCGAUGACGGCGCUGGGCAUCGUCGGGUGUCUGCGAGCUUGGUCGACGACAACGCAGCAAGCGGCGCUGGGAGUGCUGACGGCGGCCACGUUGGUUUCGGCGCUGCAGGCUGCCGUGGGCUUUGGCGAGGCGGCGCUAAACGCACGCUGGGCGGAUCAAAUGACGUUAUUGUCGUACUCGAUGCUGGCGCUGCAGCUGCGUGGCAGCAAGAAGCUGCCGUACGAGUGGCAGGCGCUGCUGGCGGAGCGGCGGCUGGUGGUAAAGCCCGAUUCACCUGACUUUUUCGAGCUGAGUCGGGCACAGCAGUGCCAGGUGUUGAGACUGGCCCUCCAACGGCCCCACUUCGCCAUCUCCAACGUCGUCACGCACCCGCGGCCGCCGCCAAGGAACUCCAAACCCCCCAGACAGCAGCAGUCGCCUGCUCCGGCCGCGGCGGGGCUCGGCAAGGCGGCGGAGGCCGGGGCUACGGCUGGCGCCAACGGCUGUGGCGGCGGCGCUGGACUGGCGGCGAUAGCGGCGGCUUGGGGCCGGAUGGGGGAUGUAGCGGCGGCGGCAUGCAGCCGACUGCCCUGGUGCAGACCCGCAUGUUGCGGCCCAGGCCGGCGGCGCCGCCGCCGCGGCUCUGCUUCAAGCUCUGACGACUCCGACGACGACGAGGAGUACGGCAGCGGCGGUAGGCGGCCGCAGGCGCCCUUUUCUGCCUGUCUGUUGCUUCAGAGCAAGUCCGCCGUUAAGUCGGUUGUAGGUCUUUUGGCGGGACCGCUGGCGGCGGCGAGGAGUACGUUGGCGGUUAGCGAGUUUUCGGUUAAUCUGGUUUCAUUUUCUGAUGCGGCAGCCUGCAGCUGUGUCCUAACAAAGCUGGUGCUCAAGGACGUCAUGUCCUGUGGAAUCGGCACGCUGUGUAUGCUGUGCGAGGGGCUGUCCCGUAACUCCAGUGUCGUACAUUUGGAUCUGUCCAACAACCAGCUGUGGGGCCUGCGAGGCGCCAAGGAGCUUCGGAUGGCUCUGAGGGGCACGGGGGGGCUCAAGGUGUUGCUACUGCCGUUUUGCAACAUCGCUUCCUUAGGCGCGGCGGAGAUCCUUCGCGGCGCGGCGGAGUGCACCACCCUGGAGCAAAUCGACUUCAGCCAGAACCAUAUCGGGGAUGACGUACCGGACUGGUCAGAUGUAACUGACUGGCGAAACACGGCCAUGCGGGAAAUAGACCUCAGCUUUAACUGGAUCCAGGAUUCCCUGAUGGGCUGGACUGCCGCCCUCUUGGAGGCCUUCCCCACCCUCCGCCAGCUCCACCUCAACCACAACAGCGACGCCGCCGCCUCCCGAGUCGCCUCCCGAGCUGCAACACCAAAGUUGAUGACUCCCAGGACCCUCACCCCGCGCACGCUGACGCCUUCCAACCUCCGAAUGGCCAGCUACAGCACCCCGCCCGCCCCUCUCGCCAUCGCCGCUGCCGCUGCGGCGGCGGCGGCGACGGCGGCGGCGGUCGGCACGCCUUCGUCUGGGGUUACCGCCGGCGCUGCAGCCACCGCAGCAGCCACCAGCGCCGUUGCUACAGCCGACCCCUGUGCUGUCACCGUGCGCUUCGGACAGAUACGAACAGAUGGCAUCUUCGCCGCCCCCGCCGCCGCCGGCACUGGCGCCGGUGAUGUCGACGUCAGUAGGGCUAUGGAAUUUGCCGCCGCCACCGCCGCCUUUGUCGCCAUCGUCGUCACUUCCGCCGCCUGGAGGGUGUCCCGCUCUGAGCUUGAGUGCUCCGUCGCCGCUGUCUGUGCCGACAUCCCCGGAAUCACGAUUGUAGGAUCCCCGCAUGGUUACAUGGAGGGUGCGGGCGCCAGUGCUGAUAAAGUUACGGCCCUCCUAGUCGUGCCUGUGCCGCCUCUUCGGCAGCCCACUGGCGCGAACACUGCCCUGCAUUCCGGUGUGGCCAACAACAGCUCCACUUUCAACGCUUCGGAGCUCCAGGCACACACCCACAUUCAAGCAGCUGCGGAUCCGUCCGGCCGCAGCCGCGGACAGCACCUCAUUCCCCACUUGGAGCUGUACAUACUGCAGCGCCCCGCUGCUGCUGCUGCUGCUGCUGCUGCUGCGGCGGCGGCGGCUGGCGGUGCCGGCGGCGGCGGCGGCUUUGGUCGCGACGUAGGCCGGCGGAGCUUGGGUCACGACUCUGUUCGGGCGGGUGUGGCGGGCUUACUACCUUGCGGCGGCAGCGGCGGCGGCGGCUGCUACAGCGCCGCGACGCCGUUGUUGAUGCCGCUGACCCGUGGGUCGCUCACACGCGGCUCCGGAAAGUACUGUCCCGGCGGUGCCGCUGCUAGCGGCGGCGGCGAAAGCCGCCCUCCGUGCAGCUUGUGGGCUGCGGUGGCCGCGAUGGACCGACUUGACAUCCGGGGGCUCGCGCUGCCGUCGUGGUGGGUUCGCAACCCCGCUCUGCGGCCCGGAAGUGUACUGGUGGAUGAGUCGCUUGUCUACGAGGAAGCACCGCCGCAUGCGGCGCAGCAGCUGCCGCCGCCGCCAGCGGCGGCGGCGGCGUUGCCACGGACUGCAAGCGGCGGCGGUGGCUGCAUGCUCGAGCUGCCGCAUCACGCGGUCAGGUCUUUGGAGUCUGGACUAGCGCAGGGCCUGGUGAUCAUUGAUCUUAAUGCCCCAGAGUAUAAGGUCAUGCACCGCAGCCAACAACUGGCGGCGAUAUACGUGGCGCUGCAGUUUGCCACCCACAUCACCAUCUGCAACAACACCCGCGGCGGCACCGCCGGAGGACUGCAGCAGCAGCAGCAGCAGCCGCUACACUCCCUGGCGUCAGGUUCGCUACAUCCGCUGCAGGUCGCCGGCGGCGCUGGUGGCGGCGGCGUCAUGCUCACCCGUUCCGCCACCUCCUCCCUAGCGCGGACGAAUUCGGCUACAGCUGCGUUCGCACUCCACGCCAGGCCGCUCAGUGGCGGCGCUGACGGCGGCUGCGGCAGGCUCCUCUCGGAGAAUGGCUACGCCGUCGCUGGUGUUGGCGGCGCGUCAUCACCUCGACCGGCGCCGCCGCUCCCGGCCCCGGUGCUGGCGGCAGGUCGUAAUGCGGCAGGUCCCGGCGGCGGUGUUUGCGCGGUGACUAGUAUGGGGUGCGCAAGUUCCUUCCGCAGCGGCGGCGGAUGUCACGGAACCGCAUCGGCGUCACCGACACCACCGCUGGCGGCGCUUGGCUCGAGUGAUUUCGGCGGCGGCGGCGGGCGGCUGUCGGUCAAUUGGCGUGGCGGCGACGGCAACGUCAGCAGUUUGCACCGGUUUGCUCUGGAACGCGGCGGUAACAGCUUCACUUUAGCUGCCGGCGGUGGCGGCGGCGGUGGUGGUGGCGGCGACAGCACAGGGAAUGCCGCUGCCGCUGCCGGCGGAGCUGCCUCUGCAGGCAGCUCCGGGCUGCCGCGUGCUAGUAGCGGCUUGGGCCGCGGCUCCGUCACUCCUUACCAUUGCGCAUCACGCAGCCUGCGCGCGUCAACUACAAAUGUUUACAACCACCAUCACAACCAACAACUGCAAAACCAGCGCCGCUCGUUCCGAAAGCAACUUAGCUUGCGCAACAGCAACACUGCCGCACGCACCAUGACGCAGCAGCAUGCCGCUGCGGUGGUGCCGUACUCGCCGCGGCACCGAUUCUCUUCAACGGCCGUCCUGUCCGGCGGCAGUGACGCCAUAAGAUCCAUUCGGUCCCCCGACCGGCAGCUAGAGGCCGGCGGCGGCGGCGGCGGCGGCUCCGCCGCUGCCACCGCCGGCACGGCGCCUGUCAUCACGGUCUGUGGCGGCGGUGGCGGCCCGGUCUCUGCGCCGCUGGUAGGCCACCAGUCCAACUUGCUCUGGAGCGGUCAUUUGGCGGAGCCGGCCUUGACGGAACGACAGCAGCAGCAGCAGAAGCUGCUACAGUCUCACUUUCAUCCGCAAGCUACGUCCCCUCAGCAGACCGAAAGCCUGCAGGUGCCUACAUAUGCGGAGACCGUAAGUCCCCAGGUCGCCCCUGCCAAAGACACCAGCGCCGCCGCCAGCGGCGGUGGAGUGACAGGUCCGGCAGGGGCUCCAGGGAUGAGCUAUCGCAGGUCGUACGGCCGUAAAGGGGGAGGAGAUGCGGCAGUAGAUGCGACAGGAAGUUUGGAGGAGCGUCAUGUUCAAAGAGGGCUGAUCACUCCAGGGAACGCUGCCGCGUUGGACACGGUGGCGGCGGCGGCGGCGGCUGGCGAGGCGGUGUCCGGGGAGGCAGUGGCGGAGGGCGCUGACCCACGGGUCGUCGGGAGGUCGUCUUCGGAUUUGAUGGACGUUACUGGCCUUUCAGAGCUCGCCAUGACGGGUGUCGUACCAACGGCGGAUUGUCUGCGAGCUGAUGUGCAAAGGCUUUUGGAGGACGACGCCACCACCAGCGCACACUUCCCGUCGUCGUCGAGGCAGCCAAGCCGCUGCCUCACGGCUUCCGCGCCGUCAGUGCUCCUAGGAGUCAAUGCCGCUGCCGCUGCCCCAGCCACAGCUACCGUUGGUAGUGACGGCAGCGGCGGCGGCACCAGGACCCUUCGCGGCGCAAUGCCGCGUCUGAAAACGCCUGGCGUGUCUCUGGCAGGCGUGGCCGUCGAGCAUGAGAGGACGGGGAUGUCCGGUGGCGGCGGCGAUGUCGGGGGCGGCGGCCGUAGCUACGGCGGCACCGCCGAGGGUCGGAGCCUGGCUGGCAGCGCUGGAUCCCGCCCUUCCUCGUUGCUGUUGGAGGAGGGCAUGGCGGCGGAGAUGUUUGACGCGGGGCUGGCGAUCCUACGGGGUGACGGCGGUAACAGCAACAGCAAUGUUGACCAAGCGGCGCCGCGGUCACCGCCGCUGCUCACCGCCAGAAAUGCCGCCGCGGCACCGCAGAGCGGCAACCCUUCCGCGAACCAAACGCUCGCGGCGGCGGGUACGGCGAUGCUGGCCGGCAGCACCCCAACGGAUGCGGCGGCGGCGGCGGGUACGGCGGCGGCUCCACGGUCGUCUCCUCCUGGGCCGCUGUCCAUUCUGGCCGUGGGCUCACCCCGUGACCUGCCACUCAGCUCCUUUUCCUUUGUGCCUUGCGCACGAACAUCCUUGGAGGGUUCCGUACAACAGUCCACGCCGGUUGCCGUACAAAAACUCUCGCCAUCUUCACGGUCUCCGUUGGGGUUCUCGCCGGCGGCAGGAGACUCGCUCGGGAUGGAGCUGGGGCCUGCGACAGCGGCAGCGGCAGCCGCAGCCUCGCAGAUGCCGUACAUGGACGACGCAGCGUUCACUACACUGUGGGGCCAUUCCAUGGGCGAGGAUGACGCCGCCACCGCCGACGGCGGUGCAGAUGGCGGCGGCGGCGGCGGUGAAAAGGUGCCUAUGAACGGCGAGGAAGAGGAGUUGGAGAUUUCUUUCCGAGUCGACGCUGCUGCCAUGGCUGCGCUCCGAAGCCUCCAACGAAGCUCCAGAAAAGGCUCUGGCGGCGCUGUUGGCAACGCCAGCCGCGUCAUGACGGCCCUUGCGGGGAUGACCCAGGUUGAGGCGGUGGGUGAGCUGCCGUCAUCGGAUGUCGCUGAAGCCGCCGCCGGCGGUGGCGGUACGUCCGCCUCCGCCGCCGAAUCGGGGCCGCUGGAGCUCUUGCAGUUUCGGAGCGGCAACAGCGGCGGCUCAUCGCGGCCGCUGCCGGGGGCAUCAACACCAUCGUCGCAUCGGGGCGCGCAGCCACCCAUGACUGCCGUACUACUGGCGGCAGCCACCGCCGCCGCAGCGCGCGACAAGCCAGCGACGGCGCCAGGGAGCGGGGCCGCUGCAGGCGGCGGCGGUGGGCUCCCCCCGCCAGCAGGCGAUCCCCGUCAACCCGAUCCUAAAGGCCUUGGAGCAGUGGCCGUGGCGGCGGCCGUACCCAUACCGGAUCCGAAAUCAUUGCCGUACACGCCGCAACCGCUGCUUUCCGGUGUGGGAGGCCACGCGCAAAUCGACUUUGUGGGCGGCGGCGGCGGUGGCGCCGCCGCCACCGCCGCUACUGGGCCCAGCGUAGCAGCGGGAGGUGCGUUUCCGCUGACGGCGUGGGGAUCGCCCAACUCGCAUCAGCUCCUCCUUGCAUCUGGUGGCGGCGGCGCCGCUGCCGGCAUUUCGGUGUCCCGUGCGUUCUCCCGCGUCCGUGUGACGUCCCCCCUGGAGCCCUUGAGCGACCAAGGGGAUAGCGCAACCGACCCAGAUAUGACCACGACGACAGGGACCGCCGCUACCGACGUCAUCGGGUACGACCGCGGCAGCGUCAGCACCGGCGCAGCCGUCUCUGGCGGCUGUUUCGCGACCGCCACCGCUGCCGCCUCGGCGGCGGCUGCCGCCGCCUCAUCGACCGGUGGCGGCGGCCAUCCACAGCUUGUGUCGCCGUCGCUAGGUGGCCCCGGCGGCGCCAGCGGCGGCCCACUGCGCAUUGCCGUCGGCUACACCACAGGUGGCGGCGGCGGCGGCGGCCCUGGCGGCAGUGGCGGCGCGUACGUGGGCGUGGAGGCGAGCAAUGCGGUGUCCGUGGUGAUUGUUAUCGGGUACGACGGGCAGCUGCGGGUGCCGCUGCGCUGCUUGGAGUUGCCGCUGCGCGGUGCGAUGGCUCGGCGGCCCGGAACCACGGUGUCCUUCCGAGUGACCGGUCUCAGCCACGAGGGGAUGCGGCAGCUGCGAGCUCUUAUGGCCGUGGCCAAGGUACCCAUGCCGGAGCGUUCCUGCGCUUGGCUGCUGCCCUCUCAGUCCAUGCAGCUGUACACCAACACAGGAUACGUAGCUCCUGGCGGCAGCGUCGCUGGCGGCGGCGGCGGCGGCGGCUAUUUGGCUAUGCCAAGUGUGGGCAGCUCUCAGGCCCUACAUAGUGUGGUAUCCAACCUGGUCGCAGGUAGCGGAUACGUCAGCCAAGGCUUCUUCCAGCAUCAGGGCAUCGGCGGCGUCGGCGGCGGGCCAGGUUCGGCGGGCGGCGGCGGCGGCAUGCUGGCGUCUCGCGCCGUGAGUCGCAUGGAUUCAGGUGUAGUGUACGGCGGCAUGCCGUCGUACUUUUUCGACAACCGCGGGCAGCCGAUUGACCUGGGCUUCAUCCUGCCACCGCCGACGACGACGACGGAUAGCGCUGAGCCGUCAGGCUGUCUGUCCGUCGCCACCAGCACGCUUACCGCGAAUGUCGUACAACCAGGGCAGUUACUUACGGGGACGGCGGCGGCGACGGCGGCGACGGCGGCGGCUGGGAUGCAUCCCCCGCCUGGUUUUGAGUUGCCGCAGGCUGCGCCACUGGUGCCGCCGCCACGGUCUGCCGCGGGCUCUUGGACAGUCUCCGUCACAGGGCUUGUGGCGGCGCCGGUGCCGCCGGUGCCGCCGCCGCUAUCUUCGCCGCCAACAUCUGGCCCAGCAGAACCUUUACAGCGAAGGCCAUCGCCAACGUCAGCAUCAGCUGCCACUGCGGCCGCCGAGGUCGCCGAGGCGGCCGGACUAAAAGAAGAGUGGCGGCGCUGCUGCUUGGGAGCAGAGGCGCUCAGCGGCAAAGAUGGUUUGCAGCAGCAGGACACUGUACGGCAAGACGGCGUCACUGGCGGCGGCGCCACCGCAGAUCUGCUGCCCCCGUCGCCGUUUGAAACAGUUGUUGGCUGCCGUGGCCCUCCUAGUGAUGCGGCCCCUCUGGUGCCGCUCUCACCACUGGUGAUGACGGCGACGGGCCGGGCAGAAAGCGGCGAGGCUCUUGGUAAUAACCGUCACAACCGUCAACAGCCAAAUCCCAACCACUCUCCUAGCGGAUCGCAACAGCCAAAGCGUAGCUUUGGCAUGCCGCCCAGCCUGCCUCCUGGGAUCAUGCUCGUGAACCUGCCGCUCAGCCGACAAGCUACGCCUCCCACCCCCGUCAUGACCUUCAGCGCUAACCCCGGGCGUGACAGCAGCGCCGUCGCUUCAGCUGCAUUUGCAGCAGCCUCUGCGGCCUUUGUACAACCGAGCGGCGCCACCGCCACCACCACCUCAACAUAUCACGAACGCUGUGAGGUCCACGGCGGAGGCACACGGGCAUGCGGCGGCGGCGGCGGCGACGGCGACGAUGCAGUCGCUUCUGGCGGCGACGAUGACGACGGCUUUGAACACCCACUCUACACGGGCACACUGGAGUGCAUCAAUAACGACCCACGGGUCAUUAUGGCCGGCACACGGGUCGGCGGUGUCUUCAGCGGCUGUGGCGGUCUUGCCAGCGGCAGCUUCUCCGCCAUCGGCCGCGCAAGCUUAGGCAACUUGGUUAACGACCUCGCCGCCGCCACUGCCGCCGCAGCCUCCUCGCCAGCCGCGCCGCCGCUGCCGCCGUCGGCCGCAUUCACCCCAAGCUUACCUUUGACACCUAGCCCCUGGGACAGACUGGGCAGCCGGGGACAGGUCUCUGUGUUGGCGGGAGGUUUUGGAAGUUCCAUACACGUCAGCGGCUCCUCCUGGAUGCAAGGCAUGCUGGCGGGGACCGCCGCCGCCGUCGCCGCCGCCACCGCCGGCUCGUCGUCAUCAGCUGAGUCGCCUGUGCGGGAAAGCCUGGUCGGAACGUUAGCACCGCAGGUCCUAGAGCCGCUAGGAGGGCGUACGGCAGCCGGUGGAAGCGGCGGCGGCGCCGCUGCUGCUCCCGCUUGGAGUGGCGAGGCGUUGGCGGCAGCACCGCCGUCGCUACCCGAGGCGGCCCCAGCGGGGCCUGGGGCUCCUCUUGUCGCGUACGGCAGUAGUACGGCGGGUUUUCCCCAGCGCAGUAAAGGGACUGAAGGCCAAGGGCAAAGCCAGGUUCAGGGCCAGCAACUGGUGCUCCUAAGCGGCAGGAUGGUGGCAAUCCCGGAGAGCCGUACACUUCCCCGUCCAGCACCGGCAGCGGAUUGCCGCCAAGUAGACGUUGUCGCCACGGAUGUCAAGCAGGGGCCUCUUGAGUAG